AUGUCACGCGCUCAUUGUGAUCUCUGGAAGUUGGACUCCGUUUCCACUGCCGUGUACUCGACACCGUUCGUCCAUCAGCUCGGGGUGGCGUGUACUUCUGCUGUAUUCGCUGUGGCCCUCCUGGCGCAGCGCUACUAUCUACGUCUGUAUGGUCAAACCAUCUCCGCAGUGCAUACAGAGGAUGACACGCAGGUGACAUGGGAUCUGUACCACCGAUUUUUUCAAAUUGCCCGGCUCGCCCUGCCAACGUGGCGCUGCCGUGAGAGCGCCGGUUCCGUCAUCUUCAUCCUGCUGUUCGCCGUCAAGGCCGUUCUGCGCGUGUGGGUGUCCAAGGCGAAUGGUGAGGUGCUGGCCGCUAUGCUGCACGGCGUACCGUCGGAGCGGCUGCCGCGGUUCGUGAGGAAAGUUAUGGCUCGCAUUGCCGUGGGCCUUGCCGCUGGCAUGACGAACGGCGCCAUUGAAGGUCUGCGGCCGUGGCUGAUCGGGUGCUACCGCGAGCGCCUCAGCAGCACUUUUCAGCGGCGCUUCUACAACCAUCUUGUGUAUUACCAGGGAGCCAUGCUGGACAACCGUCUGGAGGCGGCCGACACAGCCAUCUCGACGUACUGUGGCGAGUUCGCCGAGCACUUCGCGGAGCUGCCCUACUACUUUCUGUUGCCUGGGCUGGGUUGUGUGACAUCUAUGGCGGCGCUCGUGGAGCAGGCGGGAUUGAAGUCGGCCCUCAUGAUGAGUAGUAUCGCCACCACCGCUGUGUUUGUGCUGCGUUGUGUAGCUCCAGGAUUGGGCCGCAUUAACUCCCAGCUGCUCUCGCGCGAGGAUGACUACCGCCGCAUGCUCACAAACUACCUGAACAACGUGGAGAGCAUUGCCAUGCACGGCGCCGGUAAGUACAUACUCAGGCAGCUGGACAUCUCGCUCGCGAAGCUCAAGGAGUCGCUCGAUCACAUGGCCCUCGCGAAGGGCAACUUCGAGAUGAUGGAGUCCGCCUUCUCGACCUUCAUGACGGUAGUGGCGCAGUGCGUCACCUUCGUCGAGGCGCGCCGCUCACACUACCAUCGCUCCAUCAACGCAGUCUACGUCGAGAUUCAGCUGAUCGAGGAUCUCAACUCCAGCGUGAAGGACUUCGUCGUCAACUUUCGCGAGCUCUCGCACUUGACUGAGUUUGCGACGAAGAUGUCGGAGUUUGACAAUACGCUACAGAGCAUCGCGGCCGGCACCUUCAUUCACACGCGCCAUGACACCAACUCCAAGUCUCUGCCCGGCUCACCGCUCGUGUACACGCAGAUGAAGACCAUCACCCACGUUUCCGAUGCGAGGGCGUUCCCGCUUGUGGAGAUGGAGAACGUCGUGCUGGAGUCGCCGACAGGGCAGCAGCUGUUCUCUAACAUGAACGUGGAGUUCCGCAGCGACGAGGACUGGGUUAUUAUCGGCGAGAAUGGCUGCGGGAAGACCUCGCUGUUGCGCAUGCUGUGCGGCUUGUGGAUGCCAAAGUCCGGCGUGCUCUCCCAAGACACAUCUGUGCGCUUCUUCUUGUCGCCACAGCACAGCUACAUGGCUCCGCAGUGCACCCUGUACGAGCAGAUCUUCUUCCCCGAUGCUGUAGAGGUGCCGACGCCGGAGAUUCGCGCUGCCAUCAGGGAGGCUGUAGAACUGUCUGGUGCGCAGACGGUCGUGCGCGUCAUUGGUGGCUACGACAGCGCCAUCAUGGGCCUUGACCUGAACAACACAGAUGAGUCGUACGACUGGAGCAGCCUCAGCGGUGGUCAAAAGGAGCGCAUCAGCAUGGCACGCGUCUUCUUCCAUGUGCUGCGCAUGGAUCGUACAAAAGAGACGCCCGUUGCCAUUCUAGAUGAGGCAACCUCCAUGAUGGACGACACGGAGCAGGAUGUGCUCAACCACCUGCGUCGCAUGAAUGUGCGCAUGAUCUCCAUCACCCACCGCGACGUCGUUAUUCGGCACCACACAAACAUCCUCCGCAUCGCCCACGGCGGCAAAUGGACAGUGGAGAAGGUGCGCAAUCCGGUCAAGAUCGGCGAACGUGUCGAGACGGAGAAUGCAAUCGUGUAG